CAAGUAUAUUUAAUAAAGUUAAAAUACGAUAUUCUGUUAGAGGGGCUCUGGGAGAAACAUUUCUUCUAUAGAACAAGAUAUAUUUAUUACGGUUUUUAUGAAGUAGAAUACACUUAGCUCAUAAUGGCAUUCGCAAGUAGAGCUUUCCUCUCUGCCUUUGCCCCAGUGAGGCAGCUAUGGAUGAAACCAUGCCUUCUUCACUCUGCAGCUGGGGUUGGACCAUGCUAUCAACAGACUGCAUCUCAACUAGAGGGGAUCAAGCUUACAAGCCACUUGCCAUUGACAGUUUUGUCGGAUGAAGAAGCAAUCAUGAAAGAAACUGCUUAUAAGUAUGCAAGUGAAAAGAUUGCUCCAGUGGUGAAGAAAAUGGAUGAAGAGGGCAAUUUAGACCAAAGUGUUGUCAAAGGCCUGUUUGAAAAUGGAGUAUGUAUAUAG